CGCACAGCCGCCCGGCCGCGUAGCUCCAAGGUUGCUGAAAACGCCUGGCGAGAGGUUGAGCCGCUUGGACAAUGUCGGAGAUGCACGAGCUGUCCGAGCUAUAUGAAGAGAGCAAUGAGCUGCAGAUGGAUGUGAUGCCUGGCGAGAGUGACCUUCCGCAGAUGGAGGUAGGCGGCGGGAGCCGGGAGCCUUCCCCGAACCCCUCCCGCGGCGGGGCCGCGCCCCAGCUGGAGGAGGAAGGCCCCAUGGAGGAGGAGGCGGCCCAUCCAAUGGCGGAACCCGCGGCGGAGCGCGCCCUUGCUCGCCGGCCCAGCCCCGGGGAGCUGCUGGGCCAGAUCGCGGGCCCCGACUUCGAGAGCGAGGACGAGGGUGAGGAGUUUGACGACUGGGAGGACGACUACGACUAUCCGGAAGAGGAGCAGCUGAGCGGUGCAGGCUACAGAGUAUCGGCGGCCCUUGAAGAAGCCAACAAGAUGUUUCUGAGAACAUCCCGAGCGAGAGAAGCAGCCCUGGAUGGCGGGUUUCAGAUGCAUUAUGAGAAGACCCCCUUUGAUCAGUUGGCUUUUAUCGAAGAGCUCUUUUCGCUUAUGGUUGUCAAUCGUCUGACCGAAGAACUCGGCUGUGAUGAGAUUAUUGACAGAGAGUAGUGAAAUGCUGUUAAAAGAGGAGGAAACUACUUGAGGAGAGAACCAACAUUCCACUGUCUCUUGGCUUCGUUCCAGAUAGUUCCGUGCCAAUGAAAAACUUGGUCUUCAAAAAACACUUUUUGUUUUGCAGAAUAGAAUAGGACAGUGACUGCACAGUUGUGGAAAAGGAAGAAAAUUGUUAAAGAAAAAGAUUCUUAGGACCGUUGAAACCUGUUUUCAAGAAUGUGCUGAAACACCUCUGGCUUUGACUUCAUUACUGGUCCAGAUUAUUUUCCUUGCACUGGGGAAAAUAUCUUUCAUAUUUCACUGUAAGGGAUGGUUUUGCAAGAAUAAGUCAUGACCAAGACAAAGUGCCAGCCUAGGAGUCCACCGGUAUAUCCAACUUAGGAUGCAAAGUUUGUUUGAGUAAUUUGGACUGAAAGCCUAUUGAGAAAACUUUGAAGAUUCCAGUUUGUGAUCUAUCCAAGCUGUAGUUAUCAAAGGCUAAAUUUUUAGUGGAAGAUAAAUUGAGUGUUCUUCAGAAUCCCAAAAGGAUAAGCAAACCCAGACAGAAAUAUGUAUCACGUGUGCUGUGUCUUAAAAUGUGUUUCCAAGAGCAUCUGACAGUUUGUACAUAUAUCUUGAUCAUUUAUAAAGCUACUAUGAUCUAUAAUUCAAGAAAAUUCAUUGUCUUGACCAUUUUUAAAAGUCAAAAAUUGUCUUUAAUAAAGGUUCAAAUUUAGACAUUAAAAUGUAUGUGGAGGUACAAAGAGACUAUUUCUAACACCCUUAUAUACUAGAGAAAUGUUCUGUUUUACCUGCUCUCUGUUUUUCAUUUAACUUUACAGGCAAAAGACUUUGGUUGAACUUCAUAAUGUAACAGCUGUUAAGUGAAAAUUGUCAAGUAAAAGGAAAGCCCUACAUCUAAAAGAAGACUUUAUGAACAAUUUUGCCGUCAACCUUUAAAGGUUUUAAACCUGCCGAGAAAUCCACCACAGUAUCUGAAGUUUCCCUCUGUCUCCUCCUCUAAUUAAGCUUGUUAUUGGUUAUGCACCAGCCUUCGAGAUAAUAAAAUUUCUUGUUCUGUGUA